UCGGUUAGUUUGAUGAUGGAUGGGGACAAUGAGUUUACUAAAUUUGGGCAUUAUCAAACAUUACCAUGUGACAGAAGAAAAUGCUUCACUUGCAACAUUGCUCCUUUUUUUCCAUCUGGGAGGGGGAAGGAGGGGGAUGUGCCAGUUUUGAUAGACUUUACUGUUGUUACUUUUCAGGAAAUUCCAAGAACUCCAUAUGAUGAUUGUUUGGCUGUAAUUCCAACUAUGCAGGUAUUUGAUUUGUUCGACACCAAACAUAAUGGAAUAUUAGGUUUUGAGGAGUUUGCACGUGCUCUGUCAGUUUUUCACCCCAACGCACCAAUUGACGAUAAGAUUGAUUUUUCAUUUCAACUAUAUGAUCUCAAGCAACAAGGGUUCAUUGAGAGACAAGAGGUGAAGCAAAUGGUAGUAGCUACACUUGCUGAAUCUGGUAUGAACCUUUCAGAUGAUGUAAUAGAAAGUAUUAUUGACAAGACCUUUGAGGAGGCUGAUACAAAACAUGAUGGAAAGAUUGACAAGGAAGAGUGGCGUAGCCUUGUUUUACGACAUCCAUCUCUCUUGAAGAAUAUGACUCUUCAAUAUCUCAAGGACAUCACUACUACAUUCCCGAGCUUUGUGUUUCACUCACAGGUUGACGAUACCUGAGGUUUUUGCAUGUACUGUAAACUUCUGGAGUCUUUGUUGAGGAUGCUUUGUUCCUUUCUAGACAACAGUGUGAGCCUCCUGAGUUUAGAGGGCCCAGGAGAAAGCUGUCGGAUUAGUUUGUUUAUUGUUAGGAGGAAUAUUUGUGUUGUUUUUCUAUGUUUAAAGUUUAUAACAUUCUUUACUUUUUUCAAAGACGGGGUUUUUGGCUUGACUUAACAGAGGUUGGAUUGGUUUCUAUGGGGAGUUUUCUUCCAUGAGAUUAAAAGAGAGGAAGGAAAGAAAAAGUAUCAGAAAAUGAAGAUGACGACUUCAGUUUUGUUAAGUUUGUUUUGUCUAAGUUUCCUAAUUAUCCAGAUGCUUUUGAUGAGGAAUCAGGGACGUGUUUAUAGGCUUUGAGAAUCUGGUUCCCUUCAUUUGAUGGUCACACUAUUUGUGGAACGAGAUGCCUGAUGCUGCUACGGAGAAGAAAUGUUCCUUUUCAUAUCAUUGUUAAGCUGGCCAAGACCCAACUUUGCCUGAUUGAUAACAAUCCCCUGUGACAAGGCUGAAGCUGCUUGCUUUCAGAGCUGGACCAAUGUGGUGGCCCUUAGUUCAGCUAGAAAGUGCAUAAGCAUUGCCUAGUUGGUAUAUCAGGGGGAAAAUAGAAAGUUCACUGGUUGGUGAAUCUUGCAUGAAGCUGAGGGAAACAUUCACCCUGCUGGUGUUACUUCAGUGCUUUUGUUGAGUUUGAUAAGUUUGGUACAAGUUAUUUUAGGAAGUGAAGCGAUUCUGGUGUACCUGAGCAGACUUGCCUCAAAAGUUUUGUCUUGAUCAAAGCCAGGUAUGUGAAAGUCUUGGAUGGACUCACUUGCAAUGUAUACUUACGUGAUGCCUGAUCAUAGUCGCAUUUCAAAUUUGAUGGCUUAUUGUGACUCUAUGGUAAGUCAUUUAUGGGGGUUCUUUCUGUUUCUUAAUACCCUAUUUUUUAUUCUUGACAGUUCAAGCAAUUGAAUUUUUUGAACAUUUUUGAAUUGUUACCAUGAAAUGGUCAGUCAGGUAGGGUUCCAAAUUGAGACAUGGUUCUUAAACUCCGACGUUCACCUAUUUUAGUUUCUUCAUGUACUUGUGGUGUAUAUCCAUGUAACGAUUCGAACUUUUCAAUUAGAAUCUAACAUUAUAUGA